AUGGCCUGCUGCUCUACCAGCUUCUGCGGAUUUCCCAGCUGCUCUGUCAGUGGCAACUGGGGCUCCAGCUGCAGCCAACCCAGCCGUUGUGAGACUAGCUUCUUUCAGCCAAGCUGCUGCCAGGCUGGGUAUGGCAUUGGCGGUGGCAUUGGCGGUGGCAUCGGCGGUGGCCUGGAGGGUGGCUCUGGCCCCGUGAGUAGCCGGGUCAGGUGGUGCCGCCCAGACUGCCGCGUGGAGGGCACCUUCCUGCCCCCCUGCUGUGUGGUGAGCAGCACACCCCCCACCUGCUGCCAGCUGCACCAUGCCCAGGCCUCCUGCUGCCGCCCAUCCUACUGUGGACAGUCCUGCUGCCGCCCAGCCUGCUGCUGCCACUGCUGCCAGCCCACCUGUUAA